AUGGACUCUUUAAGUUCGCCAUUAUUGCGAGUCAGCAGGCCUGUAAGCGCGUGCUCACGAUGUAGGAGCGCAAAAGUGAAGUGCGAUGGAAAACUACCUGCUUGUACUGCUUGUGAAAAGUCUGGUAAGGUUCACGAAUGCACUGGUGGGGGGGAUCAAUUUGCGAGAGGCAAGGAACGCAGCUAUAUGGCCUCCCUAGAAUCAAGGGUAGAAAAACUCGAAAAGAAACUUGCAGCUAUGGAUGGCCGGAGAGGCUCGGUUUCCAUGCUGGAAUCCCAGUAUGAGCCCCAAACAGUAAUCGGUCAAACUGAAGUUCGGCCAGAGACACCUGCCGUAACAUCAAAUAAACCUGGGAAGCGAGAUGAUGAGAACGAGAUUGAAGAAUUGGUUGCGGAUUUGGGGUAUAUGGCUAUCAAUGCCACAACAAGAGAUUUUUAUGGAUUCACUAAAAGCAUGACUUUUGCAAAACUUAUGCUAAAAGCUUCUGCUGCAUCAAAAGUGAUCGAAUCAAAGCCCAAGGCUGGAUUGCCUGAACGACAUGUAGCAACGCAACUGAUACAGCAUUAUUUUGACAAGAUAUUCACGACACUCCCCUGCCUCAAUGAAUCCAGUUUCUUUGGGGCAGUAAAUUCAGUCUAUCGCGAUGAAGCAGCUUGCAGUCCUUUUGAUGUUUAUACAGUAUAUAUGGUUCUUGCGAUAGGAACAAUGUCCUUAUCGAAAAGGAGAGAAUCGGUAGCAGCACAUAAUGCUGCUUGUUUUGUCAAGUCUGCCUUAGAACAUGCGGAUUCUGUCAUAUCGCCAAGUGGGGUCACGGGAGUUCAAGCAACCCUACUACUAGUUCAAUACUCAAUGCUAGAGCCGGCACAUUUCAAUAGCUGGUAUUUGAUAGGAACUGCGUCGAGGAUAAUGAUUGAUAUUGGUCUUCACCAAGAACCUCUGAAGAAUUCGAGGAAGAAAUCUGAUGUUGAUUUACGAAGAAGGAUUUUCUACUGUGUUUAUACCUUGGAUAGGUCUAUAAGCAUGGUCCUCCAGCGGCCGGUCACCUUUUCAGAUGACUCUGUCCUAGUAGAGCUACCCAGGGCAGCUAAUCCAGAUGUCGCUAAAAGAAUAUAUGUCAGGGGUACACUUACACCGAUGAUUGCUGCCACAAAACUCUUUGAGUUACGGAAACUUCAAUCUGAGUGGUAUCAAAACUUGCAUCUUUCUGGGAAUAUUCCCAUCGAAGACCCUAAGCCAUACUUUAGACAAAGGACAGAAAUGUUGAAGGUUUGGAAAGACACAAUGCCCGAGUCGAUUAAUCAAUCUACCAAAGACUGGCUCUAUCUUGAAUGGUAUUACCUCAAUGUUUAUGUUGCUGCCCCUUGUCCAAAGAUCCCACGUCCCUGCGACGAAGCGAUGGUCCAAAUCUUCAAUAAUUGCGUCAAUUACGCACGGAGAUUCCGGAACAUACUCCAAGAUUCCAAUGCUCGAUUUGUUUACACGUAUCACGAUGCCCUUCGCACAUACUUCAUAGGAAACAACUUUCUCCACGCAGUGUGGCAUAGCGAACAUGCCCUCAUAGAUGACUCGAAUAUAGAGUCCGCCCUUGAAACAAUAAAAGCAAUUACGUUCGUUCUGACCUCAAUGAUUGUUCGAUGGCAAGAAGUCGAAACCUUAAGGGAUAGAUUUCGGGAAGAAUCAACUUACAUGAUAUCAAGGCGGUUUCAACAAAAGCUAGAGAAUCUAGUCACUCCUCCGGAAUCAGUCAUAUCAGCACCCCACUUUCCAUACGAAUGGUCUCUCCCGGUGACAGAUAGUUCCCAACCAGAGUAUAACCCUUCAGCACAUAUUGCAACUGCGGAUUUUGGCAACGUAGCAUUCUAUCGAUAUGGCUGA